AUGCAGAAAAGGUCAAAUUGGCACCAUAGCUCCUGCAAGCAUCCUGGAAAGAAUUCGACUUGGCUCUUUAGUAGAUACACUGUCGGAUGGCCUUGUGGAGUGCACCCUGAUUGGACCGCUUUGAAGGACUGCGCAAGAAGAAAGCUACGAUCUUUAGAUGGCCCCUCGUAUGAAGGAAGAAAGCUGUUUCAUGUAACUACGCUGAGAGACCCAAUAGAUCGAUUUUUAUCUGAGUGGCGUCAUGUUCAGCGUGGGGCCACUUGGAGUAGAAAGGGUUCAUUCAAACGAGAGCGCUCUUCCUUGAUUUCAUCACCGAAAAUCCGCCUUGAACUAGUUUUAGUAAUUAAAAAAUGUAUGAUCCCUAAACAAAGACAACAUCUUCUCUGCGACUCCAGGAGAAACACGAUUCCCCAGUGCUAUCAGACUGAAAAGUGGCUGGGAGUAGAACUCGAAGAUUUUAUGGCUUGUGAGACGAACAUGGCGUUUAAUCGGCAGACGAGGAUGAUUGCUGAUCUCGAGUCGAUCGGAUGCUACGAAGGCUUCAAAAACUACGACAUGCGAGUUCCAGACCAAAAUCUCGGCCGGCACUUACUCGAGUCUGCAAAAAGAAACCUUGAAAAUAUCGACUUCUUCAGCAUGCUUGAAUAUCAAAAAGAAUCGCAGCAACUCUUCGAAGCAACUUUCAGGCUGAAGUUUUCGGAAGACUGGGAGUACCACAAGACAAAGACGGAGAGAUUCAAAGAUGAUGUCGAGAUACCCGAUGAUAUUAUUGAAAGAAUAAAGAGCGACAAUGCCUUGGACGUCGAGUUCUACGAUUUCGCGAAACAACUCUUCUUCAAAAGAAUAUCAGAAAAACGAAUUCCACUGCCACAAGAAUAA